GUGGCCGUGUGAAAUUUUCUGCAAAACAAACUGCAGUUUUAUCCAUCGAAGACCUUGAAAAUUAGCAAACUAUUAAAUAUUUAUGUGUAAUGGCUUUGCCUUCGAUAAAAGUGGUUCUUAUCAUCUAAUCAUUCUAAAUUUCCGUCGCAUUGUAGCAGAAAAUCGAAAAUUGUGGACAAAACAUGGGCAACGAAGUGGAAUCAGGAAGCAGUUCUGAUACUGCGGACAUUGAGAACAUAUUGAACAUAAGGAAUCUUUCGAUAACCAACGAAAAUCAAUUUGGUAAAAAGAGCAACGGUAAGAAACGAUCUCAACCUAAGGUUUAUGCUACCGAGCUAUCGGACUGUCUUGCGCUGGAUUGUGAAUUUGUCGGCACUGGAACAGAUGGCAAGGAGCACAUGCUGGCCAGGGUAUCGAUUGUGAACGAAAGGGGAGAAGUUGUUCUGGACAGCUACGUUAAACCGCAGAAAACUGUGAUAGACUUUAGAACGGAGAUAAGCGGAAUACGGCCGGAGCUGAUGGAAUCCGGCCAAGAUUUUAGUUCGGUUAGAGAAACGGUGAAAUUACUCUUGCAUGGACGAGUCCUCGUUGGGCACGCAUUAAAAAAUGACAUGCUGGUGCUAAAUUUGCGACACCCUCGGCAAAUGACUCGUGACACGGCUAGGUUCAAUCCUAUUGCCCGGCGAAUACGAGCGCUAGGCACUCCAAGUUUGAAGAAUCUGUCCAAACUGAUUCUAGGAGAGGAAAUUCAAACAGGAAUACAUGACUCGGUUCAGGACGCCUCUGCCGCCAUGAAGAUCUACAGGAUCUUCCAAGAUGAAUGGGAAAAAUCUUUAAGAAAGACUGGCCGCAUUCGAAGAUGACAAAACAAUAAUUGUAGACAGAAGUAAAUAUGUUAGGGUGAACAGCCGUUAUGUUUAAUGUUUGGGACAGUAGCUAGAUUUCUUUAAUUAUUUUCAAUUCAACGGAUGUAAUAUAGACAUAUUUAAAACAAAUAAACUGAAUUAUGUA